UUUGUGAAUAGUGAAGGAGGGUAUAGGGGACGAUUUCGGACAAAGCCCUCGAUUAUUGGCUGUCCGGCAUGCUAUUUUAUUGGACCGUGGGGUGGUGACGUCAGCGGGUUACUGAGGAGUGUCGGGAACUGUCUGUGAAAGUGAAAGUAAGACAGACGAAAAGAAAACACCCGUACAGGUGAAAACAGACACGCCUGUUUUCUCAAACACACAAGCAGGAAAGUGGAUGGAGGAAAAGUGAAAGUGUUGUUGAGCUGUGGUGUGUAUUUGUGGUAAAGUGGCAGAAGGUAUUUCAGAGGAUCACUUCAUGUGUUCAGUGUGUUUGGAUCUACUGAAGGUUCCAGUGACGCUUCACUGUGGACACACUUACUGUAUGAGGUGCAUCACAGACUGCUGGGAUCAGGACGAUCAGACGGGAAUCUACAGCUGCCCUCAGUGCAGACAAACCUUCAGCCCUCGGCCUGUUCUAGGGAAGAAUGUGGUGGUUGCUGAGAUGGUGGAGAAGCUGAAGAAGACGAGACUUUCUGGUGUGUGUUACGCUGGAGCUGGAGAUGUGGAGUGUGACGUCUGUACUGGAAGAAAACACAAAGCCAUCAAAUCCUGUCUGACGUGUCUCAAGUCUUACUGUCAAACUCAUCUUGAACGUCAUGAGGAAUUUCUCUCAGGAAAUUCACACAAAAUAGUGACUGUCACUAGAAAACUGAAGGAGAUGAUCUGCCCUCAACAUCAGAAGCUUCUGGAGGUUUUCUGUCGUACUGAUCAGCAGUGCGUUUGUUUGAUGUGUUUGAUGGAUGAACAUAAAAACCACGACACAGUUUCAGCGGCAGCACAGAGGACACAUGAAGAGAAACACUUGAAGGAGACGCAGAGAAAGUUUCAGGAGAAGAUCCACCAGAGAGAGAAAGAUGUUCAGGAGCUGAGAGACGCUGUGGAGUGUCAUAAGCGGUGUGCACAGACAACAGUGGAGGACUGUGAGAUGAUGUUGACUGAAGUGAUGUCAUUGAUUGAGAGAAGACGCUCUGAGGUGACACAGCUGAUCAGAGAUCAGGAGACGGCUGCAGUGAGUCCAGCUGAAGGACUCUUGGAGCGACUCAAGCAGGAGAUUGAUGAUCUGAGGAGGAGAGACGCUGAGCUGGACAAGAUUUCACACACAGAUGAUCACAUCACUUUCCUACAGAGUUUUCAGUCUCUCUCUGCACCUCCUGAAUCUCCAGACGACAUCAGUGUCACUUUCCUCUUUUCUUUUGAUGCUGUGAGAGAAUCUGUUCGUCAGCUGAGAGACAAACUGCAGGAUUUCUGCACACAUCCCUUGAGAAAGAUCUCGGAUUCUCAUCAGUUGACUCUGGAUCUAAACACAGUGAAUUAUAAUCUCCGUCUGUCUGAGAGAAACAGAAAGAUCACACGCACUGACACACUCCAUCAGUAUCCUGAUCAUCCGGACAGAUUUGAUGAUGCGUGUCAGGUGUUGUGUAAAGAGAGUGUGUGUGGAUGCUGUUACUGGGAGAUUGAGAGGACUGGUGUUAAUAAUGUGUUUAUAUCAGUGUCAUAUAAGAGCAUCAGGAGGAAUGGACGGAGUGAUGAGUGUUGGUUUGGAUAUAAUGAUCAGUCCUGGAGUUUGAUCUGCUCUGACUCCAGUUACUCAUUCAGACACAAUAAGAUCAAGACUAAACUCCCUGUAAAGCUCAGAUCUGAUAGAUUAGGAGUGUAUGUGGAUGAGAGAGCAGGAAUUCUGUCCUUCUACAGCAUCUCUGACACAAUGACCCUCAUCCACAGCAUCAGCACCACAUUCACUCAACCGCUCUAUCCUGGAUUUACUGUUUGUCCCAAUUCAUCAGUGAAGCUGUGUGAUCUAUAGAUUAUAGAGAGAUUCUACACCUCACAGAGAACAUGUCAGAUAUUAACAUGAGAACAAUCUGCCUAUAUGAGGUGUAAUAACAAUUCCAGUUUGAAGUGUGAAAUCAAUUAAUUUAUUACUAUCAAAAAGCUACUUUUAAUGUAAAUGAUCAAAUACAGGGUUAAUGAAAAGAUUAUAUAUACAGACAUAACAAACGUUUGAUUAAAUAUGUAUAUAUAUUAUACAAUAUUAACAUUAACAUAUGAUAAGUAAAUUUAGAAGUGUUUUUUUGGUCAUGCUGACUAAUGUAGUGUAAUAACUAAUGUUUACCAAUGAAAUCUUAUUGACAAGUGUUAAAGAAUGCAAUAUAUCAGAUAAAACAUGUUUAGCCUGUGUGAAAUAAUGAUAAAUUAGAGAAGUCUCAUCCUGUCUCCUCAUGUGUUCAAUAAUCUGUGACAGUUUUACCAACAUAAAGCAAAGGACAUGAACAAGUAAUAAUGUAGAUCACAUACUUACUCUUACAAGUCAUACAUUCUCUAAUCUUUGUCUAAUGUUUGAGUGUACGAGGAUGUGUGAAUGAUUGACACUUGACAUACUGUGUUUGGCACAACUGUGAAAUGACCCUGGACAUCUACAAGAGAUAUGAGAAUCUGCAUGAACAAUGUUGUGUAUCAUUGAUUACAUAUGAUCAUUGAAGAUCAGUUUGAUUGUUAGAGACGAGAUGAGAGAGUUCUGUGAGGUUAUUGUUGUCUGCUCUGCUGGAUUGACCAAAUUCUUAUAGCCUUUAUACUUUGAGAUUACAGACUGGCCUGCUCGCAGAGAGAUUGAUCAAAUAUUAUAAUUCUGUGUCAGAAAUGAACAUCUAAGCAUGUACUCUUUCUCAGAAUGAGUCAAAUUUGACAUCUUGUUAUGAGAAGAGGAUUCCUGUUCAAAGAAAUGACUCGCAUCCCUUUCAACAGCAUUAUGUAUCAACAGAUCAAUUAGACACAGAAGGUGCUUUUCAUCUUACAUUCAA